AUGUCAUCGGUGAGCAGCUCGUAGUCGCUCGUUCUGAGCGCAUACAUGCUGAACCUUGCCUCCCUGCACGUCUCCUCCGUCUCACAACAGAGCAGUGAUGAAGACUUGCCGCUAAUGCAGGGCAAGCGUUGCGGUCCGACCGUCAGGUCUAGUCGUCUUAGCUUCGGUGAGUUGCUCUGUACCGCUUCUUCGCUCACGCUGACCCUUUACUUGGCUGGCGCGCACCAUUCCCUUCCCGCGUGAUCAGGUGCGGGUACCUACACCCAGCCGUACAACUUUGCAGAGACGCAAAAGCACCAUGUCUCUUCGGACAGCGAAGAUCUUGCGCUGGCAGGUGGGGCAUCUGCGCGCAAGCAGUCGGCAGAAGAUACGUCGAGGCGCGUCAAGCAGCGUCUGAACUCUAUGCCCACGUUGGGUGACGAGGCGGUCAAAGCGAUCAAAGACUGCAUCGCGCUGGGUAGACGUGCGCAGGAGCGCCAGAUUCGCGAGACGACGGAACAGAAGCACGCAAAGCGCUUGGAGAAAGUGGAGGAGCGCAUGUCCGCGCUUUUGGCAACGGAUUCGCAAGCGGAGGACUGGGAAUGCUGGGCUUGCAGCACUGUCCCGCAUUCCUAUCCCACUCGCAAUGCCGAUAACUCUCCGGCGCGUUUCAGAAGCAGGAGGCUCUUGUCGCUCAAGCAGCACCAAGCUUCGGCGCACGCCAAGAUGGACUGGAUUUGCACUCGAUGCGGCAAGCAUGGGCCUUCCUUUAGACAGGCGGCCGCGCAUGUCAACGUCACCAUCAAUGCCUACCAUUGCGUCUGGCUCGACUUGGAGCCUCAAGUGAAGGCCAACUAG